AUGACUUUACUCUGUAGCAUUUCGGCAAGACCCGAAGAAAAAAGGUUAUUCUCAACAUGGGAUCGUAGACUCGUAGACGAAGAAAAAAACCUAAUGCCAGGGAUCCUUUUUUGGGGCACCACCCCGUGGGUGCCC